GUCUGUGGUGGAGAGUAACGGUUAGGCCUAAACUAGCACCAUGACCCUUAAGGAAAAACAGGAUCGUAUCUUAGUUCUGUUUGAACAUCUAACAUCCCUCACCAAGCAUCAACUACCCGAGGAUCAGCGGGAUCCUCGGCUGCAUGACUUGGGCCAUCUACACCGUGGAGAACUCUUCUCCUGCUUCCACAAAGAACAUCUAGAAGAAGCUACUCAUCUAUACGAAACUCUGUACAAGGCCAAGAAUUUCGAUGAUUUCAUUCACUUAUGUGAAGAAGCGCGUCAGAUUGUAAAUGAGGGUAUGUUUGUAUAUGCCGCGUCCGUGGCUGUACUCCACCGUGACGACUGUAAGGGUCUAGCUGUGCCUCCUAUUCAGGAAAUAUUCCCAGACAGGUUCAUCCCGGCUGAAACCAUCACACAAGCCAUGAAGGAUGACCAUCAUCGCAAGGAACACGAGGACCUGGUUGUCGAUAUCGAAGAGACUGGCAAUAUCCUCAAUCCUGAACAGCGGCUGGCAUAUUUCCGUGAGGACAUUGAAGUCAAUGCCCACCAUUGGCACUGGCAUCUUGUGUUCCCCGCCACCUGGCGGCCAGAGGUGAUGGGAAAGGUCAAAGACAGGAAAGGAGAACUGUUUUACUACAUGCACCAACAGAUGUGUGCCAGAUAUGACUGCGACAGGAUGUCUGUUGGGUUACAGCGGAUGAUCCCCUUCCAAAAUUUUGAAGAAACCUUGGAGGGCUACUCUGCUCACUUGACCUCACUGGUUAGCGGUCUUCACUACGCCAGCCGACCAGAAGGCCUACACAUCCGGGAUCUCAAUGAUGUCAGUCUCCAGGAGAUGGAACGCUGGAGAGAAAGAAUAUUGGAGGGUAUUAACCUUGGUCACGUGCACGACGAUCACGGCAAAGAAGUCGAACUGGACGAGGAACACGGAAUCGAUAUUCUAGGGGCUCUGAUUGAGUCCAGUCAUGAAUCCAAGAAUGAGGAAUAUUAUGGUAGCUUGCACAACUGGGGCCACGUAAUGCUGGCACGUGUCCACGAUCAUGAUGGCCGAUUCCAUGAAAACCCAGGAGUCAUGAGUGAUACUUCCACAUCUCUCCGCGAUCCAAUUUUCUACCGUUACCACAGGUUUAUCGACAAUAUGUUCCAGGAAUAUAAGGCCAGUCUACAUCAUUACACCAAGACAGAAUUGACCUUUCCUGAAAUCUCAAUUUCCCAUGUCACUAUUAAAGCUAAAGUUCCGAACAUCAUUCACACGUUCAUGGCUACAGACGAACUGGAACUCUCUCACGGAAUCCACCUGGAUGGCUCCACGAAAGUGAAGUACCACCACCUAAAUCACGAAGCUUUCAGCUACGAGAUCCAAGUGGAAAACCAUAGCGAUACUGUGAAACAUGGCACCUUCCGCGUCUUCUUGGCUCCAAAGUAUGACGAACUGGGUAACCGCCUGAUCUUGAAUGAACAGCGGCGUUUGUUCAUUGAACUUGAUAAGUUCCAUCAUGGAAUUCACAAAGGACAUAAUACGAUCGUCAGAAACUCAACAGAAUCUAGUGUAACAGUCUCCAAAAUCCACACUUUCAACGAGUUGAAGGCUGGUGUUGGUGUAGACGAGAAGAAUACCGAAUACUGCAGCUGUGGUUGGCCUCAACACAUGCUUGUUCCACGUGGUAACGAAAAGGGCAUGGACUUCCAACUCUUCGUCAUGGUUACUGAUUGGGAGGGAGAUCAUGUAAAUGGCGAGCCAUCACUUAUUUGUGCCGACGCUGUCAGCUACUGUGGAGCCCGAGACCACAAAUAUCCCGACAAGAAACCCAUGGGUUUCCCCUUUGACCGUCCCAUCGAUGCAAGAACCCCUUCUCAGUUUGCUACUCCCAACAUGUCUUUCACCGACAUCAGGAUCCAGUUUUCUCACUGAAGAAUGUGACGUCCUACAAAUCUUAUUGUUUCCUCGUACUUACCGUGUGUUUCUUUAGUAAGAGCAUAUCUCACGCGCUAAACUUUUAUCUUCAGAUGGCUUCUAAUUGAUAGCUAAUGGACAUACACAUUGUUAUUGCUAUUUUGGAUGAUUAUUUAAACAUAAAUGAAUCUUUUAACGUUCUUGAAAAUUAUGUGAAACAAAAAACAAAAUAUUUUGUUGUCUCUUUUUAAACAGUUAUCAAUAAACUCCGAUAGUCUUUUA